AUGGCCACCUGCUGGCAGGGCCUGUGGGCCUAUCGUUCCUACCUGCUUGUGUUCUUCCUGCCCAUUUUUCUGCUGCCCCUGCCCAUCCUCCUCCCCAGAAGGGAAGCCUACUGUGCCUACUCCAUCAUCCUCAUGGCGCUCUUCUGGUGCACCGAGGCUCUGCCCCUGGCUGUCACCGCCCUCCUCCCCAUCGUCCUGUACCCCAUGAUGGGCAUAAUGGAUGCCUCCGAGAUAAUCCAAAGACCAUUUCUACUUGGUUCUGAGAGCCCAGGAGACCAACCUGUGUUUGUGGGAAUGUCAGUGACUGUAGCCUGCAAGGCUAGGGGCAUGGGAGACACCCCUUCCUGCCUCUCAGCUGUCCUUGCCUGCCAGGUCUGCAUCGAGUAUUUAAAGGACAGCAACAUCCUGUUCGUCGGGGGGCUGCUGGUGGCCAUUGCCGUGGAGCACUGGAACCUGCACAAACGCAUUGCUCUCCGUGUGCUCCUCAUCAUUGGGGUGCGGCCGGCCCUGCUGCUCUUGGGCUUCAUGUUGGUCACAGCCUUCCUGUCCAUGUGGAUUAGCAACACGGCCACCACAGCCAUGAUGGUGCCCAUCGCGCAUGCCGUUCUGGAUCAGUUGCACAGAACGCCCACGGGCAAGGACGUAGAGGAAGGCAGUGAAAACCCCACCUUUGAACUCCAGGAACCAAGUCCCCAGAAGGAGGUGACCAAGUUUGAUAACGGGCAGGUGCACCCCGUCCCGGCCGUGUCUUUAGAGCCGACGGCGGCACAACGGCAGGAACAGUUCCGCUUCAGCCAGGGCAUGAGCCUGUGCGUGUGCUACUCGGCCAGCAUCGGGGGCAUCGCCACGCUGACCGGCACCACGCCCAACCUGGUGCUGCAAGGCCAAGUCAACGCGCUCUUUCCCCAGAACGGCAACGUGGUGAACUUUGCCUCCUGGUUCGUCUUUGCCUUCCCCACCAUGGCCAUCUUGCUGCUGCUUUCCUGGCUGUGGCUACAGAGCCUCUUCCUGGGGUUCAACUUCCGGAAGAAUUUUGGCAUCGGGGGACAGGCGCAGGAGAGAGCACGGGCAGCCUUCCGCGUCAUCCAAACAGAACACAAGCUACUGGGCCCCAUGACCUUUGCAGAAAAGGCUGUCUCUGUCCUCUUUGUCACCUUGGUGGUGCUAUGGUUCACCCGGGAGCCAGGCUUUUUCGUUGGCUGGGGCAACCUGGCUUUUCCCGAUAAGGAUGGAAACAGCAUGGCAUCCGAUGGAACAGUGGCCAUCUUCAUUGGCAUAAUUCUGUUCUUGGUGCCCUCCAAGAUCCCAGGGCUGACUCCAGAUCCAGAAAACCCGGGGAGGCUGAAGGCCCCUCCUGCCCUCCUCAACUGGAAGACGGUGAAUGAGAAGAUGCCCUGGAAUAUCGUCCUCCUGCUGGGGGGCGGUUUUGCCCUGGCUAAGGGCAGCGAGAAAUCAGGACUGUCCGAGUGGCUGGGGGACAAGCUGACCCCACUAGAGAAUGUGCCACCUCCCGCCAUUGCCUUCAUCAUCUGCCUCCUGAUUGCCACCUUCACUGAAUGCACCAGCAAUGUGGCCACCACCACACUUUUCCUGCCCAUUCUGGCCUCCAUGGCUCAGGCCAUCCGCCUCCACCCUCUCUAUGUCAUGCUUCCCUGCACACUGGCCUCCUCCCUAGCCUUCAUGCUGCCCGUGGCCACCCCUCCCAAUGCCAUUGUCUUCUCUUUUGGAGGUCUCAAAGUGUCCGAUAUGGCCCGGACAGGAUUCCUGCUCAACAUCAUUGGAGUCCUGGUCAUCACACUGGCCAUCAAUAGCUGGGGCUACCCCAUCUUCAACCUGCACACCUUCCCCUCCUGGGCCCACACCAACAACACGGCCAACAACCUGGCCACAACACCUAGCCCCUAGACCAGGGUAUGAUCUGGCUAAGACCAGGAAGACCCACCUGUUCGUAUUCCUCUGAGCCAGGAGGGGACACCCAGGCUCUAAGCCAAAC